AUGACGACAAGUGAAAACGAAAGUGAGCUUCCAGUUAAGGUGCGGAAUCCAGCCAAAAUUAGCACCUCAGAUGACAAAUCAGCAAAAGAGAAGGUGGAAUCCAGCACGAAAGUUGAUCUAAAUUUCCACGCAAAUAAACCUCCAAAAAAUGCGAUUUCAUCUUCCUUUUUUUUUCAGGGUCAAUUCUUCUCCGGUUCGGAGCAUCGCGUCUAUCUGCUGGGCAAUCCCGUCAUCUGGUGGAGCAAUCUGGUCUUUCUGGCGCUGUUUGUGGUGGUCUUCCUGGUGGAGGUCGUCAAGCAGCAGAGGGCCGGGGAUCAAACCGAGACCGGUGUUGGUGAUAGUGACUUCAAGUGGCGAUCCCUGAGAGCUUCUUUGUGGCUUUUUGGUGGUUGGAUUUUGCACUAUUUGCCAUUUUAUGCCAUGGGACGAGUUCUGUACUUCCACCACUACUUCCCGGCACUGGUGUUCAACUCAAUGCUAGCAGGUGUGAUGCUGGACUACCUGACGGGCAGGUUCCCCACCUGGUUGCGCCACACCGUCCUCGGGGUCGCUCUGGCCGGGCUCGUGUACAGCUUUGCGCUGUUUUCCCCGCUGGCGUACGGCAUGAACGGGCCGUUUUCCCACGAACCCAACUCGACCGUGGCCGGCCUCAAGUGGCUGGAUUCGUGGGAGUUUUGAAGAGAUUGUUGAACUGGAAGGACGAGCUUGAUUGAAUCUUGAGAGAUUUGCAUUAGAUUUGAAUGUUUAGUUUAUUUGGACGUCGCAGAAGCUUGCCAGCGUUGUGGAUGAAGAAUUCGAUUGUAGUCAGCAAAGUAUCAUUAGCAAUGAAUAAUACUCAGAUUUUAACAAAAAUUA